AUGAGGUUCCGCCUUCAUAUUCGUGAACAGCUAUGUCUUGUCAUUGGCAUGACGAGUCUGUUGUCGCUAACCAUCCUCGCUGUCUCGAUCUGGGUCCAGACUGUGCAUCACCUGAACAGCGCAAAAUGGGAGACACUCAUGGUCACGGCGAAUCUGAAAGCCACUCAGGUGGCCCAGGAUAUCUCUUUAAUGGGCACUUCGGUGCAGUCAAUUGCCACCAGAGAUAUUCUCCAGGAUCUGCUGCGCGACUUCAAUAAUGGCAACCAUACCCAGGAUCUCUACGACGCCAUACAGUCUAACCUCCAGGACGCUUUGUCUGGCGGGUCCGACGAUGCAGUUCUUCUGCAAGCUGCCAUUUUCCCCCGCGCACCCCGGCCUGACCAAGGCGGUCGUGCACUGACUGGCGCGACCGGAAGGGGAGCAGCCCGCAAGAUCGUGCUCCCUUUCACGUACCAGAAUGGCUCUGCAGUGCUCUUAGGCGACAGUGGCAGUGGGUUUCCGCCUCAGCUCUAUCCUAACCUCACGUACGGUGACGAGCUAUCCAACCCAAUAUUUGCCAUCUACGAAGAUAAACUGUUGUACAACAACUCGACGCUAUUCCUCGGUCCGCUUUUUCUACACAGCAAUUCCUCGCUCAUCUCAUACACGGUCCCCGUGAACAAUAACACGAGUCGUACCGAUGUGCUUGGGUGGCUCACUGUUGUGGUUGACGGAAAGGCACUGUACGAUAUCGUUGAGUCCCGUGUUGGGCUGGGAAAAACCGGAGAGGUGGUGAUCAUCGGUCCUGCCCGUCCCGACAACCUCUUCGCCGACGAGGUCGAUGGUCGCUCAAAAGCUGAAAAUGCCAACGUUCCACUUCAGUUUGUUCUGCCGCCCUUCAGUAGUCGACAUCCGCUGCGGGCCAAAGACCCCUAUCUUCCUUUUCCCAUGGGAGACUUUCCAGCAGUGCUUCGCGUUUGGUCUGACGAUACCGAGCAGAUCAAUAAUGCUGGAGCCCUAAUGUCUACCCACAACGAGGAAAAUAAGCAAAUAUCAGCUGGCUAUGCCAAGGUAUCUUCCCCCAUUGUUGACUGGGUUGUCGUCUUUGGUCAGGCGCACAGCGAAGUCGUUGCUCCUAUUAAUCAACUACGGAAUACUGUGCUGGCAUGCAUUUUCAGUGUGGUCGGUGCUAUUCUCAUUGUUUCCUUUCCGCUCGCCCACUAUGCCGUCAAGCCGAUCAUCGCGCUCCGAACUGCGGCUGAAAAUUCAGUGACUACGUACGAAGCUUACGAUCCCUCCGAAAAGUCCUCCGACACGGACAGCGAAAAUGCUCUGGGAAAGGCCGACCUCGUCCAGGAGAAGUGCAUGGUCCAGAACGUCUACAAACGGUCUGCCAGGAAGAAGACUCAUGUUCGGCCAGUGCGAGUAUUUAAGAUCCCUGAGCGCGUGCCCGAGCGUCGCCACGUCAUCUAUGACGAAUUAACCGAUCUGACGUGUACCUUUAACGAAAUGACUGACGAGCUCACCAUUCAAUAUGCGAGACUUGAGGACCGUGUGAAGAAAAGAACUGCGGAACUCGAGCAAAGUCGAAAUGCGGCCGAAGCGGCCAACGAAAGCAAGACCUUGUUCAUCGCCAAUGUAUCUCACGAGCUACGAACACCACUGAACGGGAUUAUCGGCAUGUGCGCCAUCGCUAUGCAAGAGGAAGACGUUGCCAGCGUCCGGCAGUCCCUCAAAAUCAUCUACAAAUCUUCGGACCUGCUCUUGCAUCUUCUCAACGAUUUAUUGACAUUCAGCCGCAGUUCCUUUGGCCAGAACUUCGCCAUCGAGGAAGACACAUUUCGCUUGGUGGACGUCGGCUCACAGCUCGUGUCCAUCUUUGAGAAGCAGGCGCGUGAAUCUGAUAUAAGUUUGAGAGUGGUCUUCAUCGGGACCGAACCAACAGAUAUGACUGGUGCUAUCCAAAAGCAGAAGACGAAUGUCCUGGCCAAAGGGCCUGCAGACCUUGGACCUCUGCGGGAAAUAGGAUUGAGAGGGGACAAGAAUAGGAUACUACAAAUUCUGAUGAAUCUCAUAAGCAAUGCGUUGAAGUUCACCCCCGCUAAAGGCGUCGUCGAGGUACGGAUACGAUGCAAAGGAUUUGUGGAACCCGAAGCCAUGCCUGAUGUGGCAUAUUCAAAUACUACAGCUUCCCCGAUCACAGCGGUUAAGGCGUUACAACGACGCGACACUGAGUUCACCCCGCCAAAAUCGUCGCUGAAGGGACUGAUGUUCGACUUUGAGGUUGAAGACACCGGCUCGGGUAUUCCGGAACACUUGCAACAAGAUAUCUUCAAGCCCUUCGUCCAAGGUGACUUGGCUCUAAGCAAGAAACAUGGCGGUGUCGGUCUCGGGCUGGCGAUAUGUUCGCAGCUUGCAGGCAUGAUGGGCGGCACCAUCAGAUUGAAGAGCACUGUCGACAUUGGCAGUACAUUCACACUUUCUCUGCCAUUGCGUUACACGAAGGAGGUGGUACCUUCUGUUUCCGACUCUCUAGCACGACCAAAACCCGGAAGUAUAUCCAGCAGCAUACAGUUUGAGAGCUUCAGUACAAAAUCUCGCAGGUCGAGAGACACGCGACAACCUGGACAGUCGAGACAGAAUUCGCUGUAUUCCACGCAAGACAAGGAUUCCCAGAUGGAUGUGCCCCGCCUCGUCGGGUUCUCCCAGCCCUAUCUGAUAGACGCGAAUGCGAGCUCAGAAAGAGCGGACGUGGUAGUCCAGCAGCCAAAACAAGACAAAAGGCAAAAUUUACCCCACCCAAACAACCGAUUGGCAUCAAUUAUGUCUGUAAAAACGCCGGAUGAGACGAAUGACACGACAGGGAUGAAACUAGAAGAGCAAGCAAAUGGCGUGAACACAGUCGAGAAGAAACCAGCAGCUCCAUCACCAGCGGCUGCGGCAAAAACGUGUUCCCUGAAAGUUCUUGUCGCAGAAGAUAAUCCGGUCAAUCAACAGGUGAUCCUUAAAUUACUCAAGCUCGAAAAAGUGAACGACGUUACCUUGGCCGAAGACGGGGAGGAGGCUUUUGACAUUGUGCAACGAUCCUUCUCUCAGGUGGACAAUGAGAACAAAAAGCCACAGCCUUUCACACUUGUUUUAAUGGAUAUUCAAAUGCCCCGCAUGGACGGAAUUGAAUCCACAAAGAAGAUGAGAGAGCUAGGCUUUGAUGCUCCCAUUCUGGCGCUGACAGCUUUUGACCAUGAAAUAAAUCGAACAGCCUGUCGGGAAGCCGGUAUGAAUGGUUUCCUUCCCAAGCCGAUCAAACGGACGGCUUUGAAGAAGAUCCUUGAGCAAUAUAGGACUUCGAAUGAAAGCAACACGGAAACCGGAGAAAAUAAUGAGCGACAAGGCGACAAAUGA